AUGUCCACGGAUGUCCUACUUCUGCUGCUACUUGUCUGGAUGGCCGGUGCUUCUGUGAGGUCAAUUGGUCCGAGGGGACACGUGCGCCAGAUCUCCAGCCAAAUCAGAUUCAAACGAGAAGUACCAUCGACUGUACAAGGACGUCAAAAAGUUAGCAGCCCUAUACUGAGAAGAAGUCCAGAUAUGACCAAAACCACCAUGACAAAGUCAGAGCAGCUCUUAAGCAUAAAUGACCACGACUUCACAAUGAGGCCUGGCUUUGGAGGACACACUGUUCAAGUUGGGGUUGAUGUUCAGGUAGAAAGUCUGGACACAAUUUCAGAAGUUGACAUGGACUUCACCAUGACCCUGUAUAUUAGGCACUACUGGAAAGAUGAGCGCCUUUCUUUCCACAGCACCACCAAUAAGAGCAUGACCUUCGACGGGCGUCUGGUCAAGAAGAUCUGGGUGCCUGACCUGUUCUUUGUCCACUCCAAGAAGUCUUUCACACACGACACCACCACAGAUAAUGUCAUGCUGAGAGUCUACCCUGAUGGCAAGGUGCUCUACAGCUUAAGGGUGACGGUGACAUCCAUGUGCAGUAUGGACCUGAGUCGCUUCCCUCUGGACACACAGACCUGCUCCCUGGAGAUUGAGAGCUAUGCGUACACAGAUGACGACCUGAUGCUCUACUGGAAGAAAGGGAACAAUUCCCUGAGUACUGACGAAAGGAUCUCCCUCUCCCAGUUCCUCAUCCAGGAGUUCCAUACCACCAGCAAAAAAUCCUUCUACAGCAGCACAGGCUGGUACAACCGUCUGUACAUCAACUUCACCCUGCGACGCCACAUCUUCUUCUUCCUGCUGCAGACCUACUUCCCUGCCACUCUGAUGGUCAUGUUGUCCUGGGUGUCCUUUUGGAUCGACCGCCGGGCCGUACCGGCCAGGGUUCCUCUGGGUAUCACCACGGUGCUCACCAUGUCCACCAUCAUCACAGGAGUCAACGCCUCCAUGCCCAGGGUUUCCUACAUCAAAGCUGUGGACAUUUACCUCUGGGUCAGUUUUGUGUUUGUGUUCCUAUCGGUGAUAGAGUACGCUGCAGUGAACUACCUGUCUACGGUGCAAGAACGGAAGGAAAGAAAGCUACGAGAAAGGCUGCCCUGCACCUGUGGCAUGACCCACCCAGGCAUGAUGGGUAGCUACAGCGAGGAUGAUGUCAACAACACUGGGAACUAUGGUGGUGAGUCGAUGGAGAACGGCGCUGCAAUGCAGCAAAGGAUGAUGGUCCAUCUGGACUUUGAGGAGAACGACCAGAUCACAGGACACGUGGGCUCCAGCGCUUACAGCAGCAUGUGGAUCGACACCCACGCUAUAGACAAGUAUUCCCGGGUCAUCUUCCCUGGGUCCUAUAUUCUGUUCAACAUCAUCUACUGGUCCUGCUACCUCUAA